AUGUAUGCCUCAAAAGAAACAGCAGCAGAAAUGACAUGGCACCAUCACAACAGGUCGUCAAAUGGGGUUUUGCGUCAUCCAUGCGAUGGAGAGGCAUGGAAGCACUUUGAUAGAGUGCAUCCUGCUUUUGCCAUUGAGCCACGCAAUGUUCGACUUGGUUUAUGCUCCGAUGGUUUUAAUCCAUAUGUGCAGGUGUCAAAUAUACCAUAUUCAUGUUGGCCAGUAAUUGUGACGUCAUACAAUCUUCCUUCAGAUAUGUGUAUGUCUAAACCGUACAUGUUUUUGACUUGUCUCAUUCUGGGGCCAUGCAAUCCAAAGGUAGGCAUUGAUGUAUACCUAGAGCCCUUGAUAGAUGACUUGAAAAAGUUGUGGAGUGGUGUCCUAACAUAUGAUAUUUCAAGGCAACAAAACUUUAUCAUGAAGGUGAUGCUAAUGUGGACAAUUAAUGAUUUUCCUGCUUAUGGUAUGUUGUCUGGAUGGAGCACCCAUGGUAAAUUGGCUUGUCCACAUUGCAUGGAGCAUUCAAAGGCUUUUAGAUUAUACCAUGGGCGAAAAAAUUCGUGGUUUGACUCCCAUCGGAGGUUUUUACCAAAUGAACAUCCCUUUAGGAGAAAUAGGAAUGCUUUCAAAAAGGGGGAAGUGGACAUGGAAGAUGCGCCACCUUAUUUGACGGGAACUGAAGUUUGGAAUAGAGUGAAUGGUUAUCCUAAAGAAAUGGAAAAUGGUCCACCAAGAAUAGAUGGAUAUGGUGAGUGGCAUAAUUGGACAAAAAAAAGCAUCUUUUGGGAUCUACCAUAUUGGAAGGAUAAUUUGUUAAGGCAUAAUCUUGAUUUCAUGCAUAUCGAGAAGAAUUUCUUUGAAAACAUUUUUAAUACCGUGAUGAAUGUCAGUGGGAAGUCAAAAGACAAUGAAAAGGCUCGAAUGGAUUUAGGUUUGUAUUGUAGACGAAAAGACUUGGAGCUCAAAUCUCAUAGUAAUGGAAAGAUGUACAAGCCUAAAGAUAAUUAUACACUUUCAGUAGACCAAUCAAAACAGGUCUGUCAUUGGUUGAAAGAUCUUAGGAUGCCUGACAGGUAUUCUUCUAACUUGUCAAGGUGUGUUGAUGUGAAUAGGGGAAAGGUCAUUGGGAUGAAAAGUCAUGACUACCAUGUCUUUAUGGAAUGCUUACUUCCUAUAGCUUGUAGUUCUUUACCGACUCAUGUUCUCAAUCCCAUUAUAGAAGUAAGUCAUUUCUUCAGAGAUUUAUGUUGUACAACAUUGAAUGAGGUCGACCUUCGGAAGAUGGAAGAAAACAUUCCAUUCAUUCUUUACAAGAUGGAGAGAAUAUUCCCCCCCUCAUUCUUUGAUUCUAUGGAACAUCUUCCUAUACAUCUUCCAUAUGAGGCAAGACUUGGUGGACCGGUCCAAUAUAGGUGGAUGUACCCAUUCGAAAGGUUCAUGGGAUAUGCUAAACGUUCAGUUAAGAAUAAAGCUAGGGUUGAAGGAUCUAUUUGCGCAUCAUAUUUGCACAAAGAAACAACUCAUUUCUGUUCCCACUACUUUAAGAACUUUAUGUUAACACCACAAAGAAAUAGAAAUGAAGUAGACAUUGAAAUUGAAAGGACAACAUUAUCAGUGUUUGACCAAGCUGGUCGUCAUUCCGGGAGAGAAUCAACUCAUUGGCUAAGUGACAAAGAAUUGAGAUCAGCUCAUGUUCAUGACGAGCCUUUAAGUGUGAGGAGCCAACAUCUUAGAGAUUUAUCACUUGCUCCUUUAAGAUGUGUAAAGGAAUGGCAUACCUACUUUGUGAAUGGAUAUAAAUUUCAUACCCAUGCAUGGAGCCAGGGCAAGAGGACUAUAAAUAAUGGUGUUCAUGUUAAAGGUCUUACAGAAGGGGGUGAAGAUGAUUUCUAUGGUGUCAUUAAGCACAUAUAUGAGCUCGAGUAUAAUACCUCAACCAUUGAAAAGAAGAUUGUAUUAUUUUAUUGUGAUUGGUUUGAUCCAUCAAGAGCAGGGACAAGAGUGGAUUCGAAGUAUGGCAUUGUGGAUAUUCGAAUGGAUAAAAGAUAUGUCUUAUUUGAUCCUUUUAUAAUUGCACAUAAUGUAGAACAAGGGUAUUAUGUACCAUAUCCUGCAUCACGCACAGACAAACAAGGUUGGUGUGUUGCAAUAAAGACCAAACCUAGAGUUCGUAUAUAUUCUAAUGAGGUAGAAGUCGAGGUGCCAUACCAAGUGGAGGAAAUGUCACAUGUUAAUGACAUCAUUGAAGUUGAAGAAGUUAUCCGAUUGCAAGAUAUAGAAGCCGGUCUUCAAGAAGUGGACCCCAAUAAUGUACCAUUAGUUGAAGGGUAUAUGGAUGAAGAAACAAGUGGAUCGGAAGAAGAAUGCAGUGAAGAGGGACAAAGUGAAGAUGUCUGA